AUGUCAGUCGACGGGAAAGUUGAGCGGCAAGAAUCCGCACCAGAGUUGGCGGCACUAAAAUCGCGGAUUCAACUGCUAGAGCAGGAACAACGCGUCGCUUGCUUGAUCGAGGAUCUUCGUGAUCGAUUCGCAACGUCACCGAUGCCCGCUGAAUCUUACUUGCGUGAGUUUCCUGAAGUGUUCGCAGAUCGUUCUGCAGCCGUCGAUUUGAUUUACAGCGAAUUUAUGUUGCGGGACAGCCGCGGUCAUGAAUUGAAGACGGAGUUUCUGCAGCGGUUUUCUGAGUACACGACGGAACUGAAUCGUCAGUUCGAAGUCUUCGAUGCUCUGGCGUCAGGGUUCGGCGAAUUCGAAAUGCAAGAGUCCCGUGAGCCACAUGAUUUAGCUUUCUGUCAGAAUCAAAUUGGCGGUGAUCAUUUUGAGUUGGAAUCUCUGCUGGGGGAAGGUUCUUUCGCAAACGUGUUCUGCGCUCGCGAUAAGAAACUUGGACGGCAAGUCGCCAUCAAAAUUGCUCGUCAGAGUUUGUCGGAUCACGUAACCAUGGCGGAGCGGUUUUUGCGAGAAGCCGAAUCGGCCGCGAAACUGGUGCAUCCGGGAAUCGUUUCAGUCUACGAAAUGGGUGGAGGAAAGACGCGGCCGUGGAUUGUUCAGGAGUUUGUUUCAGGCGGGACGCUUAGAGAUAAAGUCGAUCGCCAAGAAUAUUCGCAUGCAGAGGUGGCUGCUUGGGUCGGGAAAAUUGCAGACGCAAUUGAUUACGCUCAUCAAAGCGGGAUCAUUCAUCGAGACAUCAAACCGGCGAACAUUCUCUUCGAUGGUCGAGGCGAGCCGAAGGUUGCGGACUUUGGAUUGGCAGGCUUGGCCGAACAUGAAAGUCAACUAACGCGUAUGGGUGACCUUGUUGGCACACCGGCUUAUAUGUCUCCAGAACAGGCUCGUGGGGACAGUGUUUCUGCUUCCAGUGAUAUCUAUUCGCUUGGCGUCGUGUUGUAUGAGUUGCUAUAUCACCAGCAACCGUUCCAAGGAACUCCGGGAUCUGUGAUCGAACAGGUGAUUCACAAAGACGAGUCGAUACCUGCUGAAUUGAAGCGAGCCGUACCGAGAGAUUUGCAAACGAUUUGUGCCCGAGCGAUGGCGAAACAACCUUCUCGCCGUUACGGUUCGGCUCAAGAAAUGGCACAGGACUUAAGGCGAUUCUUGGCCGGCGAACCUGUGAUGGCGAGGCCAAUCGGUGCUCUCGAAAAAGCGGCACGUUGGUGUACCAAUCAGCCAGUGUUCGCCAUGACGAUUGUAGGGUCGCUAAUUGCGCUAACGGUUCUUGGUUCAGUUUCGCUCUAUCG